UACUGGUGUACCAGCUGUGGUUGACCCUGCUUGCAUGAGGGAUGCUAUGAACAAGCUUGGCAGUGAUUCUAACAAGAUUACCCCUUUGGUCCCAGUGGAUCUUGUUGUUCAUCAUUCUGUUCAGGUGGAUGUAGCAAGAUCUGAAAAUGCAGUGAAGGCAAAUAUGGAUCUUGAAUUUGAGAGGAACAAGGAGAGAUUUGCUUUUCUUAUAUGGGGAUCUACUGCUUUUCACAACAUGCUUGUUGUUCCUCCCGGCUCUGGUAUCGUGCAUCAGGUUAACCUGGAAUACCUUGAUCGGGUUGUAUUCAACACUGAUGGCCAGCUGUACCCUGAUAGUGUGGUUGGAACUGAUACCCAUACAAGUAUACAACUAUGA